AUGAAUGUGUCGCCGCCAGACCGCAGGAAAAACGUGCGAGAAUUGGCUCUGGAGAUCGGCAUCCGAGUUCUGCUUUUCGGAGUUUUCGUAUUUACAGAGUUUCUGGAGCCUUUCGAGAGAGUGAUUCAACCAGAGGAGCUUUGGCUCUACAAGAAUCCUCUGGUUGAGUCAGACCACAUUCCCAAGAGGGUCAUGUUCGCAAUUUCUUUCCUUACCCCACUGGCGGUGAUAUUUGUGGUGAAGAUAAUUCAGAGGACGGACAAGACAGAGAUCAAAGAGGCAUGUUUAGCUGUGUCCCUGGCUCUUGCCCUAAAUGGAGUCUUCACAAAUACCAUCAAGUUGAUUGUUGGCAGACCCAGGCCAGACUAUUUCCAGCGUUGUUUCCCAGACGGACAAGUGAAUGCAAAGAUGCUGUGCACCGGGGAACCUGAACUGGUCUCAGAGGGACGCAAGAGCUUCCCCAGCAGCCAUUCAUCCUUUGCGUUCUCUGGUCUUGGUUUCACCUCCUUCUACUUGGCGGGGAAGCUGCAGUGUUUCACGGAUCAGGGUCGAGGGCGUAGCUGGCGUCUCUGCGCCAUGGUGCUGCCUCUUUACAGUGCCAUGAUGAUCGCACUGUCCCGGACCUGUGACUACAAACACCACUGGCAAGACGCCUUUGUUGGAGGGGUGAUCGGGUUGCUGUUUGCAUACAUCUGCUACCGCCAGCACUACCCCCCCUUUCUGCACAUGGAUUGCCACCUGCCUUACGCCACCCUGAUCGCUGCCUCCCACACGCCCUCACACCCUCAGGAUGACCCGCAGCCCACCGACAACGCCACCACCUUGCCCCUGGAGGGGUUGACUGAAGGGCCAGUAUGA